GAAAUUCCACUCGUCAUCUAUCACGCAGAAAAAUGGCGUCCGUGAAGGAAAAAACGGCUAAGCGAUCGCCAUCUAAAACUGAUACUACGGGAGAAAAUACGAGUACUCCGACUGUGAUAAACACAUUUGCCAACGAUGGUAGCUUUCUAGAACUUUUUAAGAAACGAAUGGAAGCAGAGUCUCAAAAACUGCAGUCGAAAUCUGAAAGUACGGUUGGGCAAAGUACAAGUUGUGAAAAGAAAGAUGAAAAGACAGUGGACAAAGAAUCGUGCACAAAGAGAGAUAACGAUGGAAAAGCUCCUGGGCCUUCGCUUCCAUUAACACAGCAGGGUAAGAGGCAAUUUACUGUUGGAAAGAUGGGUGGUGCUUCACGGCAGAUCCAUGCAAAGAAAAUGAAGAAGGACAAAGAAGCAGCUGAAGCAGUGAAAAAGGCUCAGGAAGAGGAAGAAAGCAAAUCUUCAGCAUGGAAAGCUUACAUGGAGGAAGUUAAAAAAUAUAAAGAGAUGAGUUGUUCAGAUGAUAGUGACAGAGUAACACCUCUUGUGAAAUGACCCAUGUCUAAAGAUUCUCUGCAUUGUAAAAUUUAGGAUAACAUAAUUAAAUCUUUUCAAAAUUAUCAAACUAUCAAAUUCAAAAAGUCACUUUAUUUCAUCCUUUUGUAACCUAAAAAUGAACUCUUCUAAGCAGUUUGUCAUGUCUUGAUCCCAAACCCUCAGGGAGAGAAACAAAGAGCCAGCUAUUGAAAUUAUCCCAUCUUAGGUUUUAGGCUGUGGGUAGACGAUUUAAACUAUGGUGUACAAAGUGUUAAAAUGUAGUAUUUUGGUUAGGUUAUGAAUAGGUUUCAGCUAGUGUACUUGUGGUAUGAAAUGUGGAUACAACACAGCUUGGGUAUUGAGGCAGGGGAACUGAAUAUGCAGUGUAGGAUGGAUCUAUGAUUUGCUCUUUUUCGCCAAUUUUUUCUUGUUUCUCAUGCAUCAUUUAAUCUGAAUGGGAGCCAGGUUAUUAAUUACACUCUGAUGUAAGUUUAGUUUGACUUUCCACAGAGUGGAUACAUACAGUGUAUGGGCCUUUUAUUUUGUCAAAGUUACAGGAAAUGAACUCUACAUACUUCUUAAGGGCAAUUAUCUUUUUAUCCCCUAGCAUAAGUCUUCAAAAUUGUGUUUUACUUCUGAUAAGUUUAGACCCUAAACUUUUGCAAAUGUUCAAGAAUUAGGUACUUAAUCUAUUGAAAUCUUUCUCAAGUUAAAUUUCUUUUGUAAUUGCUUCCAGAAGGAAAAUAUUGGAAGGCUAGAUUGCCAGGUUGCAGCUUACAUCACUCAUGCUUUCACAAUCUGGAGCUCAGUUUUGAUGCUUAAUUAUUGCAUUACAUUCAUUGCUCCCAUAGAGAUCACUUUCAUUUUUUGGGGGAUUGUAUAUGGUCUGUCAUGUUAUGUGAUUGCUUGCUUAAUCACAUUACAUGAUUGAUUGUUAUUGCCUGGUCAAACUAUUAACCACAUUUUUGUUUACUGUAAGAAGAAACACUUUGAUAUUUAGAUGUAUUUGCAUAUUAAACACAGUAGCAGUAGUAGUUCUGUAAGGUAUUUCAAUAUUUAAAAUUCAGGGUCUUGUAAAAUGUACACAGUGUCUGAGCUUUUCCAAUGUUUGGAAAUAAACUGCUUAGCAUUUCUGUUUA